AUGUCAAGCACCAAGCCCAAAUCCAAUCGUCAUCCAUCUGCUUACAAUGCCGAGUUACGUCUCAGGAACUUCGGAGUAUUUUCCAUUGUAGCUCUACGUGACUACACUAUACUUAUCAUCUUCGUGGGGACUUUUUGGUUCUGGAUUCAAGCCAUCCCAGCCACUGUGCCCAUACCAUUCCCUAUGCGCUGGGCAUGUAUCGUGGCCUUCUGGCUCGAGACAAUAAGUAAAAACGCCUUCUUCUUCAAAAUCAUUACCGCUCUAGCAGCUCAGUGUAUAUCAAAGAUCGAGGACGAGAAUCAUUCACGAGACUGUGACUUGGCGACACGCACCACAAACCUCGAAGAUUGGAUUCUGGCGAACUUUUGUGUCAUAGCUGGUCUGUCAAGCAUCGGUCUUACGGCACAAUACUGGAGGAGAGUUCUUUCGCUCAUGGUACAGUUCUUAAUGAAUAUUAUUACGCUUGGGAUUUGGAUGUCGUUUUGCUGGACUUUGAUAAUUGGAGGUCUUCUCUCGCUAUUCUGGUUCAUCAAAUGGACUAUACGUCGUUACCGGAAAGCCAAGGGGAUCGAACAGGAUGAGGCAUGGCGCUUCCUGAUUGCUGGCAGUGCCAUUCGAAUGUACAACAUAUCACAAGGACCCAAGGCGGAUAGAGUGCUGGAGCAAGUUCUUGAAGUCAGUGAUUUUAUGUUUCAGGGACUGACUGCGCUACCGAAGUUCUGGUUGGACAUAAUCGGCUUUCACAUUGGCAGAGGGCCAUUUUUCAAAGAAGACAACGAAAAAGAACCCCAAGAUCACGAGGAAGCCUAUUUCCACCCAUCUGUAUUUGAGCAGGAGCCAAACCCCGUCAUUUUUGCCCAUCUACGAGGUGAGCCUCUAAGCUCACCGGAUUCCGGUCGUGCCGAAGCAAAGAAUACGUCCGAAUGCCAUCUCAUGGAUACAGCGGAAAUAGAUGGAGGAGUUUUUCCUGAGGUGGAUGUCCAUAUUGACGACACAAUUGGCCCCAAGAACGUUCAAAAGACUCCCUUUGUGCCCAGUCACAACUGCCCAACAACAAUAUCCGUCAAUCUCUCUUCUUUCCAAUGCACGGAAUGCUUAUAUGUCGCCAGGAAAAAGAACAAACUCAAUAAGCAUAUCAAACAAAAGCACGAACGCCCAUAUGGAUGUGCCCAUUACGGUUGCAAACAGACCUUCGGUCUUCGAACACAUUUGGAGCGCCAUCAAACGACGCACACAGAAAAGAAGGAAUUCGAGUGCUCGAAUGUGUUUUGCAAAACACAAUUCACACGCGAGGAUAAUCUCAAAAGACAUAUCAAAGGGUGCAUCGCUUCUACAUGA